GAACUCUAAGGAUAUACCAUAGGUUGCAUCCUAAGAACCUCAUUCUUAUCAUUCUUACUGAUACUGAAUCCAGAUAGCUGGAGUGUUGCUCAGUCAUCACAUUUCCCCAGUGAUUCUCAACUGGGAGACCAAAAAACUUCCAAGAAAGCAGUGAAUUGGGCAUAAAAAUGGUAAAUUCAUUGUUCAUGCCCACAACAUCAGCAGAUGUUAAACAUUUGUACUGCCAAGUUGUUCUUCUUUUUUUUUUUUUUUUUUUUUGGUAGUCUUCUAGAUACUUUUAUAUUCUUUCUUUUUUGGGGGGUAGUCUUCUAGAUAAAUUUUUAAUUCUUCCUUUAAACAACUUACAGACUUGUUGAACAGGGCAGGUGGCACGUUUAAGUUGUUCUAAUGACAUUAAGAAUGUUCUAAGAACAUUAAGAAUGUUCAAAUUUUUGCAGCUAUUUUUAUUUUUUAUUUUUUGCAUCUGCAUAAUUUUAAAAGUUAUCAAAAACAGCUUUGGUACAUAUUUAUUUAUUUGGUUUUAUUAAAUGUACAACGCCUUAAAAUUAUUAUGAGUAUUAGUAAUGACAGCCCUUAAAUCCUGUAAAAAAGUAAAUAAAUAAAUAAAAACAUAAAAAAAAAAAACCUCCUCUUUACAUUCAAUCUAUCUUUGGAAUGAUCAAAACUGGCUGAAAGUAAUGAUGCCAGACAUAAAGAGGCCUAUGGUUUUCUAAGAGCCAGACAUGUUAGAAUGUCCAACCUGGAGCUGUUAGCCCUAAUAUUACAACGUCUAGUACAGAAGCGAAAUUUAUUACUAGUAAAUAAAAAAUGUUUAUUUGCUGUGAGUAAUGCCCAUUAAUUCACUGGGCCUUUUGUCCCCAUAUGCCAGCUAUGUGAGAAUGCUGCUACUCUUACUUUCCACAAGAGCCCCUGACACAGAGAGGCACUGACCAGCCCACACAAACAUGCCAGUAGUGCUUCACUCAUCUGCUGAGUGGACACAGAGAGAAAAGGGGAGAGUACAAAAUAGAUGGAAGUUAGAAAUGAGCAGUAGCGAGAGUGCGGUUUAAGCAGGAGAGGAAAAUGGAAAGGAAGAGAGAGAGGGAGAGGAGUGACUCCAUCGAUAAGUGGAUCUAUUGUCGAGCGGGCACUAUUGAACCUGAGUGUGAAGCUUGCUGUGUACAUCAUGGCAUGCUGCUGCUGCUACUGCUGUCCGAUUCCGUGCCUCAGAAACUGCUUCUUAUUUUCAGCGAUAUCCCCCGCUGAGCUCGAUGCCUUAUGGAAUGACCCUCCAUACGCUUUAGCAGCCGUCAGUGAGCUCUUUUCACCCAAUGACGCCAUGACAGCUGAUGAGGAAGCGGAGGCUGAGGCCGAGGUGGAGGCAGAAGGCAUAAGCAGAGAAAUUUACUGGAGGAGGAAGGAAACAUUCAGCGGAAGUAGCAAAGUAUCUUCAGCAGGAGAACGCUUCUCUUCAGAUGUUGUUUUGUUGUUUAGCGGGAGGCGACGAUCUGGGGUAACACCUGACGGUGAGCUUCAGGAGGCGUUACGUACCAGACUCCGAGUAGUAGAGAGCAACAGCCAGGAUGUUGUUCAGCUCUUUAAGGAUCUGUCUGCAAGACUAGUGUCUGUUAAUGCUGAAAAAGACAGCUUUAUCAUCACCUUUAAGACUGUCGAAGAGAUUUGGAAGUUCUCCACUUACCUGGCACUCGGAUAUGUAGCAAGAUGUCUUGAAAAUUUUCUCUGUGACCAGUCGUUCUGGCUGGACCCUGCAUUGCUAAGCGAUGUGGAGAUCUGUGUAACAGUGGAUGAAGACCACUUAGCUACUCUUUACCUAGGACUUCUGCUACAGGAAGGUACAUUCUUUGCCAAGACUUUAUAUAACAGUGAUUGCAGAGAGGAGGAAGAGGAGCUGACCUAUAGGAGGAAUGACCUGGUCAUGGUUAAAGACAUAGGACAAGAGACAAUUUGGGAGGGUAUGCUGCUGUCCACAGGCCAACAUGGUCUGGUGCCUGUGCAUGAUAUGCAGCCUCUGCCCUAUCCAUUUUAUCAGUGGUUCCUUAAGAAAUAUCCCGGGAAUGCAGGAGGGAUUCCAGUUACAGAAGGCCUCUUCGAUCAUCCUGUUGUGGUGGGGACUUGUGUAGCAGUAGUGGACCAUAACCCAAUUGUUAAAGAUGAGCUGCACUUACGCAAGGGAGACAUAAUCAAGAUUGAGGGAUUUCUUUUCAAUGCUCUGAACAUGUUCAUAGGAAGACACCUCACCAGUGGAGAGAUAGGAUUUGUUCACAAGGCCAGUGUAAAACCUCAGAGUAUUGAGCCUCUCAAUGGACAAUUGGUCUUUCUCAGUGAGGAGGAAAGGGUGGCCCUGACUAAACUUAACCCCUGCUUUGAGCCCUGCCAGUCUGAUGUACUAGCAAAUCUAUCCUGCACUGAUAUAAGCACUGUGUAUAGACUGGAUAGACUUGAUGACUCUGAUUUCACUUACAUAAGAAAUCAUCCAAAGUCAGAGCAGAAAUCUACAGUGGAUCAAAGAAGGAGCACCAUUUCUGAAAACAGUGGUGUAACUCCCUACCACUCGUCACCACGGCAAUCGUUCUGUGCCUCUCGGAAUCAUCUCGACCGGGACUCUGAGGUCCUCUCCUUUAGCCUGGAGGACACCUUUAGAGAGAUGGAUGAAUAUGAGGAAGACCCUCCAAACUUCAUGGAUGAGGGUAUCUGGGAGGCUGAUGAAGCCGAGAGAUGUGACCCAAUCCUGACCCUCCUAAAUCUGGAAUAUUUCCAGGACACAUUUCAAACUCUUUACGACCUCUCCUACUCUUUCCUGGACACUUUCUUCCAUGGCCUUGCAGAGGAUGAGGUGCUUCAACAUCUGGAAAACUUGCGAGAAGGAGCGAAGAAAGGCAGGAUGCUCUGGGCCCACCGGCGAGCCUGCUUCCUUCUUGGCCGGCUAUGUGCCAAGAAACUGAAGUACUCGCAAGCACGAGUGUACUUUGAGGAGGCUCAAAAGGUCCCUGUAAAUGGUUUUGAUGACAAACCCCUUCUAACAGCCCUGUAUACCAAUCUCACUGCUGUUUACCUCAAACAGAAGAUGAUGGACAAGCUGCCAUUCACUCUAGAAAAGGCAAGUGCUCUAAUUAUGUGUCUUCCUUGCCACAACUUCUGCUCUGUGGAUGAGUUUGAGCUGCUCAAACCAAUCAUGCGCAAAGCCAUAAUUGAAAAAGACAAGUACCUAGAGGCACGGACAUGCUACCUCUCCCUCUGUCUCUUUCUCCGUCUAAGAAAAAUAGAGGAUGCUUUACCUUUUGUAGAGAGACUUCAGUUCCUUACUAUCACUCUGUCUGCGGAACAAGGGAGGCCAAUUGCCCCAGUUGAUCUCAACUGGAUGCUGUGCAGGCUUUAUCAUAAAAAGUAUUUGCCCUACCUCACACUAGCUUCUUUAAGUCUAGACUCAGGGCAAGAGCAUUCCUUGGAUGAUGCAUUCCAGAAAAUUGAACUCUUUAUCAAAAACUCAAUAAGGCUUAAUCCGCACUGGAAGGAGAGUACUUCUGUGCUUCCUGCACAGGUGGUGGUCUACCUUCAGCAGGCCUUGUCAAUAGCUAGUCAAGGGGAAGACUUGAGGACUCAGAGGGACCUGUGCCUGAGCCUGGCUAGUGUUUACCAGCAGCAUGGAGCUUUAGAGAAGGCUGUGCCCUUUGCCCAAAAAGCAGCACAGACUGGAAGCCAAGUUAAUGAAGAGGAGGGAUUUGAAGCAUCCAUACUGCUGGCCUGGCUAUUGGUGCUAACAGAGGAACCCAUACAAGCUCAGAAUACGCUGCAACCUAUGCUUAAAUCUUUGGAUGAAACAGACAGUCCGACACAGCGUGGUGUAGUCUACAACCUUUUAGCCCUAAGCCUCCGCAAACAGGGAAGAGUCCAGGAAGCAGCAAGAAACUUUUAUUGCGCUCUGCAGAUCUCUCGAGAGAAUGGGAACAAGCGUAAUGAAGCACUAGCACUGGCUAACUUGGGCUGCUUAUCUCUAUCUGUAGGGGCUUCGGGCUUAGCAGAGUGUUUCCUACUCAAUUCCCUGCACCUAUUCCAGUUUCUCUCAGAGAGUCCCACAGAUCAGGAGCAUGUCCAGGCUUUGCUUUGGCUUGGCAGGAGCUACAGCGAUAGAGGAGGGAGUCAGGAAGUCAGACUAUGCUUUGAGAUGGGCCUCCUUAUUGCUAUUAGUGCCAACAAUCUGCACAGUCAAAUGGUUGUGGCGAAAGUUCUAAGUCGCCAUUAUGCUGACUUGCUGCUGUAUGGACAGUGUAUUGUUUACUAUGAGCACUGUGUGGGGCUGUGCAGAAUGCUAAAGAAUAAACAGCUAGAAGGAGAGUACCUGGAACUUCUCAGCAACCUCUAUCUCUCACUAAACACUGAGAAGUCAUCAAGAAAAUCUCUUGAUUAUUCAAAGCAAAGCUUAAGGAUCUCCAUAGACCUGGGGAAAAGACAGGAAGAGUCUGAGACAUGGCUGCAAGUGGGCCGUAUCUACUAUCUGAUCCAUGAAGAUGAACUGGCUGACAUGUACCUAAAGGCAGCAGUAAAGACAGCCCUGAGGAUGAAUGACCCAUGCUUUGCUAUGAGCAUUUAUGAGGAAGCAGGAGAUGUGUUCUUCAAAGGACACAGAAACCAACUGGCUGCCCUACCUUUUUACAGAGAUGGGAGUUUGCCAUUUGCGCGCAGCAUUAAGGAUGUGCACUCAGAGUUUAGGCUUUUGAGCAAACUCACAGAGCUCCUGAUAAAGCAGAAGCAGUACGAAGAGGCACUGCAGUAUGCCACACUCGCAGUGCAGGUCAGCGCCACAACUGGUGUUCCUCUGAAUGAGAGAGUGUCUUUUCAUCGUCUUGCUUCAGUGUACUUCUCUCUAGGGAAGUAUGAGAUGGCUGAGAACUACUACCUGAAGUCUCUUUCACUCUGCCCCACUGCACUUGAACAUGCCAUUGAAGUUCGGUAUUAUGUUAAAGUGUACUGCAGACUGGCUGACAUGACCCUAUACAGAUUAAAGGAUGCUUUUGAUGCCAUGGGCUACUUCCACUUAGCCCUGGCGGCAGCACUGGAGGACAAAGAAAGCCAGACACUUUACAUAAUCUACAUGAAGCUUGCAGAGAUCCAUGCCAACUACAUACCCGAUGCUGAACUGAGUAAAAGCUACAUGGAAAGAGCGCAGAGCUUGAGGAAGGAACUGGCAGGAUACACAGACUCAAGUGACACAGAAGAAACACAUCAGGACCCAGCUGAGGCAGAGCCAGAUACUCACACCAAAACUGGUCAGUCAGGACUCCAGCAGGGCACCAGUACUACAGAGUCCAGCAUGACAGACACCAGCCUCACAAUCAAUGCUCAGGAAGAGUCUGAGCACAUACUACUACACACAAGUCACAAAGAAGACAUGGACACUAACAUAUCGGAGGAAACAGAUGCGGGGCCUCCUGAUCAAACCAAUCCAGAGACUAGCUGUGCUGAUAAUACAAACCACACUUGUCAAAGCAGUUUGAAGGAGGGCUUGACUUUUGUAUUGUGAAUCAGAAACAGUUCUAUCACUCUGAAAAAUGUACUUGUUUUAAUGAAGACCUGCAAUAAGACAGUUUUUUUCCUUUUUUUUAAGCAAAUGUUUAAAAUUCCAUAAUAUAUUUUCUAUUAGUGUUUCAAAGUGAAUUUUAAAGAUAUUGCAUAACUGUAAAUGAAUUUGUAUAUCUGUAAAUAUGAUUGUUUUGU